AUGGAAUUCCGCGUGGCCCAGCUGGAGGCCCUGGGCCGCUUCCUGGAUGAGAAGAAGCAGGACAUCAUGGAGGCCCUGGCCUCCGACACGCACGAGCCAGCCUUUGAAGCAGAGUACUGCAAUAUCCUCCUGUGCAAGAAUGAGCUCAACAACACUCUUAACAAGCUGGACACUUGGAUGAAGGAUGAGCACGUGGAGAGGAAUCUGGUGACGCAGCUGGAUACAGCCUUCAUCCGCAAGGACCCCUACGGGGUGGUGCUCAUCAUCGCCCCCUGGCCUUACCCCAUCUACGUACCCCUCGUGGCCCUCAUCGGGGCCAUCGCUGCGGGUAACUGCGUCAUUGUCAAACCCGCGGAGAUACCCAAAAACACCAAGGCACUCUUGGCUGAAGUGCUGUCCUCCUACUUGGACAAGGACUGCUAUGCCGUGGUGAGCGCUAGCGAGGAGGGGACCACCAAACUGCUGGAGAACAAGUUUGACUACAUCUUCUACACCGGCACUCCUGCCAUGGGCAGGAUCAUCAUGACGGCUGCCGCCAAGAACCUGACCCCAGUGAUGAUGGAGCUGGGGGGUACAAAUCCCUGCUACGUAUCUGAUAACUGCGAGGUGCACAUCGUGGCCAGGCGGGUGGCCUGGGGGCGCUUCUUCCAUGCCGGGCAGACCUGUGUGGCGCCCAACUACAUCCUGUGCAGUGCGGAGAUGCAGGAGAAGCUGCUGCCUGCCCUGCGUGAGGCCAUCACCGAGUUUUAUGGCCCUGACCCGAAGGAGUCCCCCGACUUUGCCCGCAUCACGGGGGACGAGCAGUUCCAGCGCAUGCGGGCGCUGCUGGUCACCAGGAACGCGGCCAUCGGAGGGCAGACGGAUGAGCAGGAGCGCUACAUCGCUCCCACAGUGCUGGUGGAUGUGCAGCCCUCUGAUCCCAUCAUGCAAGAGAGCAUCUUGGGGCCCAUCUUGCCCAUCAUCACCGUAACCAGCGUGGAUGAAGCUAUUGAUUUUAUCAAUGCCCGUGAGCGGCCCCUCGUUGUAUAUGUCUUCUCCUCUGAUAAGAAGGUGGUGAACCACGUGCUGGAACGCACAAGCAGCGGUGGCUUUUGUGGAAAUGACACCCUGAUGCACGUGACGUUGACCUCGCUGCCCUUUGGUGGCAUUGGGGAGAGCGGCAUGGGGCUCUACCACGGCCAGUUCACCUUCGAUACCUUCUCGCACCACCGCGGCUGCCUGCAGCGCACCACAGCCCUGGAGCCCGUCACGGCGCUGCGCUACCCGCCCUACAACGCACACAAGACGGGCCUGGUGCGCGUUGCCUCUGAGCUCAAGCGCCAGGGCGCCUGCACCCUGCUCUGA